AAAAUUAAAUCAGCCUCUUCAGUGCGGUCUAUGAUAACUAGAAAGAUCAAUGCUGCAAUUCGCAUAAUGUAAAAGCUUUUCAUUCUAGUUUGUCCCGUCGACUCCUAAAUCUUCGCUCGAUCUUUGUUCCAGUCAGGUAGCCAACUUUGGCUACUCUGAUUAGGCCGUCCGAAUGCCACCGCAAUCACCGAGAGACUUUAGUUCUAAGCUCGUAUAUCCCUUGAGGGGAAUUGGCGAAUCUAGGCAUCUGCCUUCGCAGUCAUGGCCCUUGAGGAUCAUGCCACGUCUAAAGAUCGCAGCGGUUGCGCUGACUGUUGGAUCUGUUUGCUAUGCUUUCGCCUUCCCUCUAGGUCUCAAACCGGUAACACCUCUGUGUACUGCAAAGGAUCUCGCGACGCUGUCUUGUUCAUCUGGGGCAAAUUUGGUGGAUUCGUGCUGUGUCGAGAAGCCAGGCGGUUUGCUCCUGCUCACCCAACUAUACAACCCUGAACUUGGGCCAAGUGAUAGCUGGACGAUUCACGGCCUAUGGGGAGAUUAUUGCAACGGAUCUUUUCCUACGUCUUGCGAUGCAUCGCGAGACUAUAAAAAUAUUCCAGCAAUCCUCAAGAGAUACGGCCAGGAUCAGCUUUUGGAUUAUAUGUCAACCAUGUGGCUUAAUGACGCCCCAGUAACAACGGUCAAUGGCUCAGAUGCUGACCUUUGGGCACAUGAAUGGUCCAAACACGGCACUUGCAUGAGCACCCUCCGCUCCAGCUGCUAUUCUCAGUACACACGUGCACAAGAAGUUGUCGACUAUUACACCUCGACUGUGCGUCUCUUUGAGACGCUUCCGACAUGGGUCUUUCUCAAUAAUUGUGGCAUCUCUCCCUCGCCCAAUGUAACAUACGCCCUGGCCGACAUAGAGAGAUGUUUAAAACGUGCGACAGGAGACCAUACUCCACACAUUGGAUGCAAUAAAGGCGGCAGCCUAAACGAGGUGUGGUACUACUUUCAUUGGGUUGGCAAAAUCGCAGAUGGCCAUGUGGUCGGUACAGAGAGCACGUUUAACAGCACAUGUCCAGUUACAGGGAUAAAAUACUUGCCUAAAGUCACCCAGAUGCGUGCUUGAAGGCAAAUUCUAUAGCAUACAGCCACUCUGAUAUCACGGUGUGUAACGUACGAAGGUUGUCUGAUGCAUCUAUAUUUUCAUUUCUCGAGGCAUAUGCAUGCUUGAGAGAUGCCAAUUAGGCUAUGCCGUCAAGUUCGAGGAUCAGAUGAAUACAGUGCGUUAGUUCCCCCUGAUCAGCUCUUAACACGAAGAGCUGCCACUAGUGAACGUGCAUUUGCAUUGUUCAUUCGCAUCUCUGCCAAGACUCUUUUUCAGGCCACAUUUAUAUACUAAUUGUACAUACGCGGCCACCAAAUUUGAAAAGAGAUUGAAUACUGGCUCAUUUCGUAAUUUCA